UACCACCGCAGCUUGAGUCUACCGCCUCGACUCAACCCUUGUCCUGUCCAAGAUGGUUUGUGCUCGAGCUGGCCUGAGGGCUUCAAGCUCCGACUUCAAUCUUCUUUUCAAAAACAACUAUCCCAUAAUCUGCGAGUGCAUCAGUCACGCUACUUCGACCACCGUAUCUGUCGACUGUCACCGAUCCUCCACUGCGCCUUCUUCAUCCGGCACGGAGUGCACGUCCAUUUCCGAGCCCAUCUUCAAAGUGGCACUUCGACGCUUUGCCAUUAACAAGGGCUCUUUCUCGGGGCUCGAGCUUCUUUCAGAGCCCCCUCGUCGUCAUCAGCACAUUCUUCACGACACAGCUUCCUUGAGCGAGCGUGUGGCGCGAUGGCUUUCUAGCAUCAGCCUCUCCACUCAAAGCUCCUUUGGCCCUUACUCUGGGACGUAUCACAGCACGGAACGUGAAGAUUCCAUCUCUUCCUCCGAAUACCAGUCAACUUCAAGUGGUGAGGACGAUUCGCGCCUGCUUCACCUGACAUCCGUUUCCAGCACUUCCCCCAAGACGAACGACGAAAAGGACCGCCGGUCAUUGGUUCAUGUCAACGAGAUCAUGGAUUCGUCAGACCCCUCGGAGCUUUUCUUUCCAAAUCCUGCCGAGACUCACUUGGAGACGAAGAAAGGCUACAGUGGCGAUUCAUUUGACCCGUCAGACAGUCUUACGAUCUCAGCUUACACUUCACUCCUUUCCAAACACAUCCCAUCCCUCGAGGAGGUCGAAUCGUUCUCUCCCGGCUGUGUUGUUAUGGGACGCAAAAGCAGUGGCACUUUCCACGUUGUUCAAUUCUUGAUGAUUGUCCGCGGCCCCGCACAGGGAACUUAUGUUGUCAAAAUACCUAGAUCUGGCGUCGAACAAACCUGGACAGAUUUUGACGCAUGGAACCUCUGCUCUGAGGCUGAGACCAUGAUUCUCAUCAAUAAGAAGUCAAAGUGUCUAGCUCCAGAGGUCUUGGGCUAUCAAGCUUACCUUCCAGGGAGCGUCAUUGAUGUCCCAUACAUCCUCAUGAAAGCAAUAGAUGGUGUAUCAGCGUUCGAUAUAUGGCACAACUUCGAUCAGCUUGGCAACAUUGUACAUGAGUCGCAGCUGUCACCCGAUGAACAGCGGCAGUCCAAACAGAAGCGGGUAAACUUUGUGGAGUCCCUCGUCGAAAACAUGGCUAGCCUCUCUGUUUUCGAAUUCAGCCGCAGUGGUGUCCUGUUUAAGUUUCUCAGGGAAGAUUCGUAUAAGCUUGGGAACACCAACACCUGGAUAAUGACCAAUUGGCAUGAAAUAAGCAUGACUGUCACGCCGUCGUUUGAUUCGCCCUAUGGUUACUGGAAUUAUACGUUCAAUUCUCUCUACUGCUCCGUGAAGGCUGGAGAUUCUGAAGAGACGGUUUUGAGGAAUAUGGGUCGAGCGUGGAUCAUGAAAACCAUUUUGUCGACCCCGGCGUUCCAGGGAGAUACCAACAACCCCGAAGCAAAGAACUUCGCUCUCAGGCAUGAAGACUUGGACCUACAGAACAUUCUCUGUGAUCCAGAGACUGGAGUGGUCACGGGAAUAAUCGACUGGGAUAGAUGUCGAGCAGUGCCCCGCCCCAUUGCUUAUAGUUCGCUUCCCCUGUUCCUCAUACGUCCAUGGCACCCCAAAUACGAAGUCGAGCCUGAGCGUCUUUCCCCACAAGAGGUCACUGAAUAUUCCCGACUUUAUGCAAACGCAAUGCAUAAAGCCAUUGGAAAUUUCAACAAUGAUGCGCAAUUUACGCUCAAAUCUGGGAUGUACCAGGCUGUAAACUCCUCUCUGUAUGGCAGCAGUUUGGGCGAUAGAAACACCGACGAUGUCAUUCAGAAAAUCAUUGCGGAGUCCGAUGUGCUGAGGAGGAUGAGCAUCGCUGAUGUAUACCUCAGUCUGGGUAAAGAACUGCAACACCCCCGCGCAGGAUACAUGGUCGAGCAGGUCCGUAACGAACUUUACCGAGUCAUGUCUCCGGUUGGAAAUGAGGAGUGA